UUAAUUUUAGACUUUGCCUGGGGUGUGAGCAGACCAUUUACCAGCUAGAGACAGAGCCAAUAGCACUGUCUACUCAGCUCUAGAACUGUGUAGUCGUCGUGGAUAUACGUUUUACCCUUUAGGUUGAAAAUAAACUCUUAAGACAAAUACUAUUCAAAUAUGUCCAGCCAAAGGGACCGGGACAUGGAGGACACCCAUGAGGAAGACAUUGAUGAAGAUGAUAUCCUAGCCAGCUUGUCUCCUGAGGAGCUUCAAGAACUCCAGAAAGAGAUGGACGUUUUAGCGCCAGACGAUAGAAUACCGCUUGGUCAGAGACAAAAGGACCAGAAAAAAGAGAAGCCAUCUACCGACUCUGAUGAGGAAGAUGACAUUGAUGAAGAUGAUAUCCUGGCAAAAUUGUCUCCUGAGGAGCUCAAAGAGCUCCAGAAAGAGAUGGACGUUAUAGCCCCGGAUGAGAGGGUACCUGUGGGUCAGAGGCAGAAGAGCCAGACAGAGAAGACACCCACAGGUUCGUUUGAUCACAGGGGCCUGGUGGAUUAUCUGUACUGGGAGAAGGAGUCCAAACGCAUGCUGGAGGAGGAGAGGAUCCCCGUCACUCUACUGCCCAGUAAGAAAACUAUGGAAGAGGAUGCUGAAAAGAAAGAAAUCGCUGAAGACUUGGAGACUGUGUAUGAGGUGGUAGAAGAAAUCAUCGAGGUGGAAGCUACAGACGGUGUUGAAGGAGAGGAAGUGAUAGAGGAGAUUAUAGAGGUAAUGCUUGUGGAGGAGGAGGAGGAGGAAGAGGAUGCGAAGAAGGAGAAAGAGGAACAGGAGAAAAAGGACAUGCCCGUAAAAGAUGAAAGGGUCAUAGAAAAACAUGAACAGUCAGUGAAUGAGCAUCUAAAAGAGUCACCGGAUGAUAACAGCACUAACACUGUGAACACGACCAGUCCUCUGCAACCCCCACCAGAGUCCGCAGACAUGAAAGAAAAUAAAGACAUUGAGAGAACAGAGCAAAAGAGCACAUCACAAAUACCUGAGAAAGUCAAAAGUAACACCACAGACGCUCCUGAAGAAAUAGAGAUGACUCCAGAGGAGAAGAGGGCCUGUUUUGUUCCAGAGAAAGAGGUGAGGGUAAUUAACAAACUAAAUAUUCCAAAGCUGGCCCUUGGUGGGGGCCUUGGUGGCCUUGGUGGGGCCAAGAAGACAUCAAGACCCUCAGGGAAUGAGACAAACCUGGACACCACUCUGGAUAAGAUCCGCAACAACAACCCCGCUAUCACAGACGUAAACCUGAAUAACAUAGAAAACAUUCCCAAAGAAAUGCUAAUAGAAUACGUCGAUGCCUUGAAGAAGAACAAGCACGUCAAGACCUUCAGCAUAGCCAACACUGGCGCAGACGAAAACAUCGCCUUCACCUUGGCCAACAUGCUGAGAGAGAACCGUAGCAUCACCACACUGAACAUAGAGUCUAACUUCAUAACAGGGAAGGGCAUCAUCGCCAUUAUCCGCUGCCUACAGUUCAACGAGACGCUCACUGAGCUCCGCUUCCACAACCAGAGACACAUGCUGGGACACCACGCGGAGAUGGAGGUGUCUCGCCUGCUCAAGGCCAACAACACCCUCCUGAAGAUGGGCUACCACUUUGAGCAGGCGGGUCCCAGAAUGGUGGUAACCAACCUGCUGACCAGGAACCUGGACCGCCAGAGACAGCAGAGGAACGAGGAGCAGAGCAAGCAGCAGCAGCAGCAGCAGAAAGAGGUGUUUGAGAUGUACGAACGGGCUCUGAACCUGCCCCCAGGGCUGCUGGCAAUGCUGGGCUAUGUCCCUCGUGAAAUCGAGGCGCUCAUGCCGCAGCUUCCCAAGGGUCCCCAGGGUCCCAUGGAACCCAAACCAGAAAAGCAGCAGAACACUUCUCCACAGUAUCAACACAAGCAGUUUAAACACAUGCAGUGCAACCCCAUUCCACAACAACCCCCCAGCACGGACUCCUCUGGUAACCUUCUGAAGGACAUCCAGCUGAAGAGGACCCCCAAAAAGCGUGACCCUUUCCUGGACAUAGACCUUAGGGAGGACAGGAGAGCAGAGAGGCCGAAUGUCCAGCUCAGGAAGACAUCAGGAAAAACGAGGGACACAGGCGUUGAUGAGAUGGUAGAACUGAAGGCCACUCUGAAAGACGUGAUGAAGACACUGAAGCCUGUCCCUCGGAGGCGGCAGCCGGCCAAGGUGGAUGUGACGCCCCGUGAUGAACUUCUUAAUGAGAUCAAAAAGAGCAACGUGGCCUAUCUCAAAGCUGUGCCACUCCCCAAAGAAUUGGAAUCAAGAGAAACCAGUCUCUUCAAUCUCUGAGGAAUCUACAAUACCUUUAUUUCUGCAUUUGUUUAACAUGUUUAUUCUCUUCAUUAACAAUAAUCUGCUUGCACUUGUAACACUAGUUUGCCUCACUACUCCUGUUCAGGUAGAGCACCUUUUGUUCCUUGAGGUUUGGAAGAACUUGUAUGGUAUUUGGAUAUGAGUCUACAGCUGGAAAAUGCACCAUACAAUGUCCAUAGUAUAAGUAGACUCAAUUAAUAAUUAUGUUUGGGUAAAAUUAAUUUACUUUGAACACUCCCAAAUGAGUGUGGGCAAAUCCAUCAUCUAUUGAUGACAGGUCUUUCAUCUACAGAUUUUCAUAACCACUGGUGUCUGCUGUCCGCUUUGCAAUUGCAAACAGCUGAUCCCCAGAAUAAAAAGUAUAGGGUUUGUCUUUUACUGUGUAAAACACUGUGGGCCAGUGGUCCAGAAGCUAGAUUUCAAAUCAGACUUCUGUUUCACGGAACAGUCCAUCUUAACUUAUUAUUCUAACGAGUGUUGACAUUAAAAAUCAGUGUACAAUCAAAAUGUCUAAUAUUUCAAUGUUUUUUUCAUUAAUUAACAUAGUUAAAAGACCAUAUGGAUUCCUUAAAUUAAGUUUCAUUAUGGUAGAACACAGUGCUCUGCUUCCAAUUCUGUAGUUAUGUUAUCGCAACUCAUCAAUGGAAAUACUUACACACAAAGAAAAAGCAGUUAUAACAUCCUUAUAAUAGAACCUUCUCUGAACUCGUCUGUGAAACUGUAACCAUAGUAUGUGUGCAUACCUUUUUCCUAAAAGAAAUUUGGCUAUGUCCGAUACAAACUGUGAUUCUCCUUAGUUCUUUGGAAGACUGCACCUGUGUCAGUCCUAAACACAAAUAGCUCAUAAAAUCUUCAUAAAAUAAACAUCAUUUUAAUCUAUUACUGAUGGUGAUCCCUGGAAUUGGAUAGGCUAUUAUGGUGGAUUUAGAAUAAAAUCUCAGAUCAUCUGCUACUGAGGGGAAAUAAUCAGAACCCCAAUGCACAAUCAGGCAUUCAUAAUGGGUGUGAUAUUUAAUAGUAGAGGUAACAUGCAUUGAUUCCUUUUUCAGCAAUACUUUGGUGCUUGACACC